AGAACCUCUUACAGGUGUUGAACAAGCACUUCCCGAACAUUCCUGUCAACAUUCACAGCUAUAAGGUAUACAAUACAUUUUCUCCUAUGCAAUACCAAACUCAUGUGUGAAAAAAGGGACAUCCAGUGCGCACCAGGAACUGCAUUAACGCUUUGCGGUACACGAUUGUUCCGGCUAGGCGUAACAUUGCAAAAGGUUAUGUUUUUAAGACUUGUUGCCUGAUAACGGAUGCCAUCAUAGGAACAUGAUUUCUCGAUAAAAGAACAUCAUUUGAACAUUAUCCACAAAAAGUUCGCCCACUGAUAAGAGCUAGAACCGGGCAACCGUGGGUUGAAGCUGACGAACUCUGAAAGCAAUUUACCUUUGCACAGUAGUUAUUGAAAAUUGGGAAAAAUUUGACGGCUCUAGCGACAUCGGUGGGUGACCUAGUACCACUUCUCACUCCAGCGCUGCACAUUGUCCGGGAUCGUUAGACGUAGUAGCUCACGUGGUGUGUGCGGUACAUCAUACACCAGAGCAACAUGGUUGUUUCGGGGAAGGUUAAAUUAUUUGCGCUGACCGUCAGCAGUUGGUGGCUGUGUUUCGGACUAUGGAGCGUGCAGACUGUACAUGCCGAAUAUUUCUCGUCCGUGGAGCAAAUGCGUCAAUUGCUCAAGCUCGAACAAACGCUGAUAGAUAAUCUCGAACGCUACAUUAAGCUACACGAGCAAAAGAUCGAGUUUCUUCAUCGGCAGCGUGAUUUGUUUGGCAAGGAGUUAAAAGAAGGAUUAAAACGUGAGGUAGAGUACGCAUCGAACCCGACAAGUGCCUUCCUGCUGGUUAACCGUCUUGUCACCGAUUGGGAACGCAUUCGGACGUUCAUGGAAAUGGACGUUGGAGUGAAGUUGCAAAACAAAACCGAAAUGCCUACCGGGGACGAUGCGGUGGGAGUGGCAGAAGGAUUGGCCCGAUUGCAGGAAAUGUAUCAACUUGACACCAAGGCGAUGGCAAGUGGCAAAGUGCUCGAUCGGAAGCUAGGCCGCCAGCUGAAAACGGCCGAAUGUUACGAGAUAGCCAAUAAGCUAACGAUCGCGACCAACUACCGGUACGCAGUGAGCUGGUAUCGGGAAGCGUUACGCUUGUGGACGACGGAUAGUCCCGGGGUAAGCAAGGUGGAGGUCAUGAACGGCCUCUCGUACGCCCUCUCGCAGCAGGGCGAGUACGAGGAGGCAUUGGAGUUUACCAACAAAGUGCUUAAACUGCAGCCGGACAACCAGCGUGCGCUGGCCAGUAAGGAUCCGCUCGUCAAGUGGAUCGAAUAUAAGAAAGAAUACGGUUUGCCGCCGCCAGUACCGGACAACAACUACAAAAACUAUCCCAGCUUAUGCCGUGGGGACUACCAACGGUCUGCCGAAGAGCUAGCCAAACUGAGCUGUCGUUACGAGCAUAAUCGGACUCCGUUUCUGCGCAUUGCACCGUUGAAGUUGGAAGAGCUCAACCACGAUCCGUUUAUCGUGGUGUAUCACGAAGUGCUGUACGACAAGGAGAUCGACACACUGCUGACCAUUUCCAAACCGCUGCUGCAACGGUCGAUGGUGGGUGAUGAUCUUAAGAAGAAGGUGUCCAAAACGCGCACCAGCAGCAACGGGUGGCUCGACGACGUUUCGCACCCAGUCGUGCGUACCAUCACCCGGCGGACAGAAGACAUGACGGGCCUAGCGAUGACGGCGGCGGAACAGCUACAGGUCGGAAAUUAUGGUGUCGGCGGGCACUAUCUGCCACACCACGAUUACGGGAUGCCGGAAGAAGGCAAGGAGGUUUAUCCAGCGAUUGGAAAAGGAAAUCGGAUAGCUACCGUCAUGUACUAUCUUAGUGAUGUACAGAUCGGUGGCGCGACCGUGUUCCCUGAGCUCGGUGUCGGGAUUUUCCCGAGCAAAGGAUCCGCCAUAUUUUGGUACAACAUGCACGCUAAUGGUACGGUCGAUCCACGAACGCUACAUGGCGCCUGUCCAGUAUUUGUGGGUUCUAAAUGGGUUGCCAAUAAAUGGAUUCAUGAGCAUGGACAGGAAUUUCGACGGCCUUGCCCACUCGACCAGAUGGGCGACGAGGGAACAUCAUUGUAAAAACCAGCGAUCGUACCCAGCGUCAGUGAAUGUUGUGUGAGUGCGCGAAUAGAUUGAUAGCGGUUCAUCAUUACAGCUGUUAUCGUAACAGGCCUGUCUGUCCAAUUACGUGGCAGGUCCAGCUGUGUUAUCACAUCCGAUAAGAGAAACAGGCCUUCCUGGAGCUGCCAAACGCUGGCGAGGAUUUUGUACCAGAUUGUACGCGAUAAGCUAAACGGAAAUAAAGAAAAAAAAAGGGUGACCACAACAGGACACUUCCCUUCUGCCACGUGA